UGUUGUGUUGACAUUUUGGAGCUGCUGCUGUUUCUGCGGCCAAGGGAACGUAGGGGAAGGAUGGUGUGCGAAAAAUGUGAGAAGAAACUUGGUACUGUUAUCACUCCAGACACAUGGAAAGAUGGUGCAAGGAAUACCACAGAAAGUGGCGGAAGAAAGCUGAACGAAAAUAAAGCUUUGACUUCAAAAAAAGCAAGAUUCGAUCCAUAUGGAAAGAAUAAGUUCUCCACUUGCAGAAUUUGUAAAAGUUCUGUGCACCAACCAGGUUCUCAUUACUGCCAGGGCUGUGCCUACAAAAAGGGCAUCUGUGCAAUGUGUGGAAAAAAGGUUUUGGAUACCAAAAACUACAAGCAAACAUCUGUGUAGAUGUGUUGAUGACAUUUCUGGCUUUCUACGUGAUUUUACUUUUUGCUUUGAAUUUUCAAGCCAUAACAUAGGUGUUCAAGUUCCAAAAUGACACGUUUUAAGACAAUAUUAAACCAAGAAAGUUGAUUGGUAUUCAUUUUUUGCUCUUAAGAAGUUCUAAACAACAUAACUAGUUUCCUGCCUUAGUUCUUUUCCUCACAAGCAUCUUACUGAACUAGAAUAAGUGGCAAUUUUAAUGAAAAAUAUUUUCCCAUUUCUGUAGAUGCUUUUUAUUUAUCAUUAUUCAUGUAAUUCUUAUCCUCACUUUCUAUGUUAUUGAUACCGCAAAAGGGAGAAGGAGAUUAUUGAUUGAUAUUUUGCUCUGAACUUUGCAUCAGACUUAUAACUCUUCCUUCAUUCCCUUGUUGGUGGCAUAGUUUUUAGAAUCAGCAGUCUCUUUAUUAACUGUAGGUUCACAGGGCAUUGAAAUAUCC